AUGGUCGUAUUUGCUGACUCAAUCACAGAUGACCAGGAAACUGCAACUCAGACCGACGAGGCUACACAAACCGAUGAAGAUGAAACCACAACCGAAACAGAGUCUGCGCGAAGAACCAUUACCGGCACAGGUACCAAGGUAACUUCCAGCGCUAUUCCUAAGACCUACACCUCGACACUCGAGGAUGGCGGUAUCACCACGUUAACCUCAACCUCUUGGGUUGAAGUUGUCCCUUCUGCUGCAGCUACUGGCAGCAGCGACCCUGACCUCCAGAACGCUGCUCCUCGAUCAGUUGGUUCAAUUCUGGGUGCAGUUGUCGGUAUGGUCUUUGGCGGUUUCAUUCUUCUGUGA